AUGAGCAACAAGUACGUGCCGCCCCACCUGCGGGGCGCGGCGGGCGGCGGCGCCGGCGCUGCUGCUGCAGCAGGAACAGCAGCAGCAGCAGCAGCAGCAGCAGGCGCUGCGAGCCGCAGCAGCGGGGAAAGCGCAGCAACUGUCGUGAACAAUCUGCUGCGGGCUGCUGCUGCAGCAGACGAGGGGGGCCCCCAGGGGCCCCUCGAGGGGGGCCCCGGGGGGGCCCCCCUUCAGGGAGAAGCAAAGGGCCCCUGGGGGUCUUGGGGCCGGGGGGCCCCCCUGGUGCGCAGCAGCAAGCAGCAGCAGCAGCAGCAGCAGCGGUCAGCAGCACUGCGGGUGGUGGAUGUGGAUUCUCUCGUUCUUAUGAAAAUCAUCAAACACUGGAGGGACUUUCACCCUUUACCCGUAAACGGCCAGCUGCUGGGCACUGAAGUCCGCGACAAACUCGAAGUCACAAAUUGCUUCCCCCUCCCCCAGAAGAAGGAGGUGCUGAGCGUGCUGCAGCAGGAGAAAGGCGCUGCUUCUGCAGCAGACUUGGAGGAAAGAGUGGACGAGGAGUUCGACAGACACCAAGACAGAAUGGCAGAACUUAUGCAUGACGUUAAGGUGGACUGCUUCACUGUGGGGUGGUACUUGACAGCAGGUGCUGCUGCUGCACUGCAGCGCGAGAUCGUGGAGAGUCUUGCUGCUUACCAGCAGCAAGUGGACAAGGCCGUGCUGCUGGCCUUCGAUCCUGCUGCUCUUCGAGCAGCAAAAAACCCCCUCACUGCCUUCAGAGUCAACCCCAAGCUGCUGCAUGCGCUCGACGCAGAGCCCCAAGUUGUUGCAAAAAUCCAAAACGAACCCGUCCUCAUCCAAGUCCCAGUGUCGCUGCGGAACGCGUUUCUGACGGACCUGUUCCUGGGGAGCCCGCUGGGGCCGCGGGGGCUGCGCAGCAGCAGCUGCUGCUGGGGCGAAAGUGCAGCAGCAGCAGCAGCAGAAAUGGAAAAGUCUUUGUGGGGAGUUUGCUGCUGCUUGGAGGGCCUUGGGGAGGAGCAGGAGCGGCUGCAGCGCUACCAGAGAGAGAGUUUGCGGCAGCAGCAGCAGCAGAAGCAGCAGCAGGAAAAAAGGCGGCUUGAAAAUGACCAGCGGCGGCUGCGCGGCGAGCCGCUGCUGCCCACAGACCCUGAGGGUUUAGGGUUUAGGGUUUUGGAGGCCCCCUCGCUGCUGCCCGUGCUGCUGCUGCACGAGCAGACGCAGCAGCAAACCAAAGACAUUUCUGCUGCUUCCGCAGACACGCUCAGCUCCCUCUUCCUCCUCACUGCUGCAGCAAAACAAACCAAGGAAGAAGCCUCAAACCCCAAGUGA